AUGCAGUCUCAGGCCACAAACACAGACCGAGAGCUUCGGCAGCCCCGUGACCACCGACGUGGAGCAGACGACGGGUACUGGAUGCAGAAAAUCUGGGAGAGCCCAGUUGUUGCUGGCUUCCUCAUCAUUGUUCAGGAUGUUUACAUUUACCUGGUGUCUACAGAUCUCCUUUGGCAGAGUGUUUCGCAAGUCAAAAGGAACCUGGCCCAGUCUCCUUGCUCCACAUUGCUGUACAUGUUUUUGGUGCUGUUUGGUUUUUUGCCCUUCUUGUGCUUCUUUCUUUUCGUUUGUGGAACAUUUAUUCUCUGGCUCGUCUGUUUCAUUUUUUGCCAAGCCGUUGCUGUAGUUUUUGCCGGAGCCCUGUUUGGUGGAAUGUUCUUCUUCAUCAUUGUUGCCUGCUGUCUCAUGGCUACAGCCUUGGGACUGACCGUCCACAUGCUGUCCUUCCUGGGCCAGGUUUACAGGGUGCUGGCCUUCAAUGCUCCCGAAGCUGUGGCUUUUCUCAGACAACAACUGGCCAGGUUGGGCAUUCACCUGCGUUUGCCCGAAGAUGACCAAACGUAG